CGAGUUGAAUUGUUAGGAGAUUUCAAGAUCACUGAACUGGUGAGACUGUGGAAUCUUGUGUUGAGGGAUGAUUCUCUUCCUGUCUGCUUGCCUGACAAAGUACAUGAUGUUAAAUUGGGUGACUCAGCUGAGGAGAGUACUGUUGCUCCAGCAACAAGUGAUAGCCAGACUAAUGCAGCCUCAGGUUCCAGCAGCAAAGCUGGUACAGCCAGGGGAUCUGACUCUGCUGAUUUUAGGAGUGGGUAUUCAUCUAGCUCAAGGGGUGCAAUGUCAUUUGCUGCUGCUGCUAUGGCUGGACUUGGAUAUGCUAAUAGCAGAGGUUUCAGGGGUGGCAGAGAUAGGCAUGGGCGCCUGUUGUUUGGUGCUUCUAAUGAUCCUCCAAAAUUGAUUUUUACUGCUGCUGGGAAGCAGCUUCAUAGGAAUUUGACUAUAUACCAGGCAAUUCAAAAACAACUUGUGCUUGAUGAAGAUGAUGAUGAGAGAUUUGCUGGCAGUGACUAUGUAUCCAGUGACGGAAGCAGUCUGUGGGGUGAUAUUUACACCAUCACUUAUCAAAGAGCAGAAAACCAGACAGAUAAGGCAUCUACUGGAGGAUCAAGUUCAAAUACUUCAAAACCCUCAAAAUCUGGCUCUGGCCCAAAUUCUAGCCCAGAAACUAAAUUGCAUCAAACAUCUAUUUUAGACAGUAUACUGCAGGGAGAAUUGCCGUGUGAUCUAGAGAAAUCUAAUCCCACCUACAAUAUUUUGGCACUCCUGCGUGUACUGGAGGGUUUGAACCAGCUUGCACCUCGUUUGAGAGCUCAAAUAGUUUCUGAUAGCUUUGCUGAGGGAAAAAUCUCGAAUUUUGAUCAGCUAAGUGUUACAACUGGAGCUAAGGUUGUUCCAGAGGAAUUUGUAAGUGGUAAGCUUACUCCAAAAUUGGCUAGGCAAAUACAAGACGCACUCGCACUAUGCAGUGGUAGUCUUCCCUUAUGGUGUUACCAGUUGACUAAAGCAUGCCCUUUCUUGUUUCCUUUUGAGACUCGACGACAGUACUUCUAUUCUACUGCAUUUGGGUUAUCUCGAGCAUUGAAUCGUCUUCAGCAGCAGCAAGGUGCUGAUGGUCAUGGGUCAAGUACUGAGAGAGAGGUGAGAGUAGGGAGAUUACAGCGACAAAAGGUUCGUGUCUCUCGUAAUCGUGUCUUGGAUUCUGCUGCUAAAGUUAUGGAGAUGUAUUCUAGCCAAAAAGCUGUACUCGAAGUAGAAUAUUUUGGUGAGGUUGGCACUGGCCUGGGCCCAACCCUGGAGUUUUAUACAAUCUUAAGUCAUGAUUUGCAAAAGGUUGGAUUGCAAAUGUGGAGAUCUCAUUCUUCAAAUAAACAUGAAAUGGAAGUUGAUGGAGAUGAAAACAAAAAGGAUAGUGUAGGGUCUGGGCCUGAUUUGGCUGGAGAUGGAGAACUUGUUCAAGCUCCUCUGGGUUUGUUUCCUCGGCCUUGGCCUACAAAUUCUGAUGCAUCAGAGGGUAGCCAGUUUUCGAAAGUCAUUGAGUAUUUUCGGCUGCUGGGUCGUGUUAUGGCAAAAGCUCUUCAAGAUGGACGACUAUUGGAUCUGCCAUUGUCAGUUGCAUUUUUUAAGCUUGUUCUUGGUCAAGAUCUUGAUUUGCAUGACAUUCUGUUCAUUGAUGCGGAGCUUGGGAAGACUUUGCAAGAGUUGAAUGCCCUUGUUAGUCGGAAACAUUACAUAGAAUCUACUGGUGGUAGCUAUACUGAUACACAUUUUAACUUACAUUUUCAUGGUGCCCCAGUUGAAGAUCUUUGCUUAGAUUUUACUCUUCCUGGUUAUCCUGAUUACACCUUGAAACCUGGAGAUGAAACUGUUGAUAUCAACAAUUUGGAGGAGUACAUGUCCUUGGUGAUUGAUGCAACAGUCAAGACGGGAAUAAUGCGGCAAAUAGAAGCAUUUAGAGCAGGCUUUAAUCAGGUUUUUAACAUCUCAUCUUUACAAAUUUUUACUCCUCAAGAACUAGACUAUUUGCUUUGUGGCCGCAGGGAGUUGUGGGAGGCUGAGACACUUGCUGAUCAUAUAAAAUUCGACCAUGGGUACAAUGCAAAGAGCCAUCCUAUUGUUAAUUUGCUUGAAAUUAUGGGGGAAUUCACUCCGGAGCAGCAGCGUGCCUUCUGUCAAUUUGUUACUGGUGCACCUAGGCUGCCACCUGGUGGGCUGGCAGUUCUAAAUCCGAAACUAACGAUUGUGAGAAAGCUUUCGUCAACUGCGGUUAAUACCUCAGCAAACGGGAAUGGACCUUCAGAAACCGCGGAUGAUGACUUGCCUAGUGUGAUGACGUGCGCUAAUUACCUGAAACUACCCCCUUACUCUACCAAGGAAGUUAUGUACAAGAAGCUACUCUAUGCAAUCAAUGAAGGCCAGGGAUCCUUUGAUUUAUCAUGA